UAUUCUUAUAUCAAUGUAAUAGUUUGAUUUUUUUAAAAUUAUACAGAAUUUUAUAAUUAUUUGUCUCUCUAGUUUUGUGGAAUUCCUGGAAGUACACAAGAACCAAUGUUAACUUUUGGGACAGCUUUUCAUAUCAGUUGUAAAAUGAGAACACAAGAUCUUUGGAACAAUGCUAAUUUAUUUUUUUAUGAAUUACUUUUAGCUGCAAAUGAAUCAUUAGAACAUAAUUUAAUAUAUCCUGUACCAGUACGUAUUUUAAACUACAGAAAUGAAGACAAUCCUGUAAAUAAAGAUCCAGAUGUUUCUAAAUGGCAACUGGUAAGACGGUUUUUUUUACAAGAUCCAUUAUCUGGAAUGGAAAGUGCACAAGUCACAACUCAAAAGAAGAAAAAAAUUGCAAAAGUUUUCAGAUAUGCUUCUCAUAUAACAUUAGAUAUCAAAUCACAAAAGGAUGGAAAGGUUGGAACUAUUCUUCCACCCCUGCUGACGAUCGAAUAUGCAGAAUUAACAUCAGAUGAUUAUUACAAAAAUGAACCAGUUCCUACUAUUUUUGCUGUUAAUUAUUCAAUGGAUCAAACAAAGAUAUUCGAAGAUAUAUCUAUAGCUAUUGGUGUCUUGAGUGGAUUCAGUAUUUUAUGGUCAGCCAUUCAAACAUGGGGAUGGUCUAGAAGAUCAGGAAGAGAAGUAAUUGACUUAGCUGCUUUGGGCAAAUUACUUAUUUUUGCUUGUGGAAAUCUUUCAACUAUAUUCUUCAUAGUAAUGAUUGCCUGUUCACUUAAUUGGAUGAUACUAUUUAAAAAACAAGAUGUAUUUCAUUUGUUUUUACCAACAGUAGAACAAGAAAGAAAAAUAAAAAUUUAUCUUAUUUUUGCAUUUAUUAUGAAGUUUUUGCAGCUCAUCCAUAUUUUAUCAGUUCAGUGUACAGUUGAUAUAUUUUUUAUUGAUUGGGAAAGACCUCAAGUGCAUGGUUUAACAACAAAACUAACAUCUCCAAAAUCAAAUGAAAGAAGUACUGGAGAAGUCAGUGCUGCAUUAAAUACAAAAAAAGAUAAAAUAAACGGUGAAAAAAAUUUGGACUCACCAGCUGUUAGUAUUUGGAGAACUUAUUUUGUUGCCAAAGAAUGGUGUGAAAUACAGUGCCUAAGAAGAGUCCAGUUGGGUUUUCAUCUUAUGGCUGUUUUAUUUUUUCUUAAGGGAAUUGGUUUUGAAAACUUUGCACAUGCUGAUCCUUUGACCAAUUUCUCAUCAGAAAAUGUACAUAUCAAUGUUCCAUACAGUUUUAUAUGCAGAUUCUCGGUGGGAUCGUGUACUUAUAUCAUUUUGGCAACAGUUCAGAUUUUCUUACGUAAAUUGAUAUAUGAACGUUUUUUUCAAGAUAAACUCCAAGAAUUUGUUGACCUUUGCUCAGUUAGUAAUAUCAGUGUCUUUGUUAUGUCAGCAAGGCAGUUUGGUUACUAUAUUCAUGGCCAUUCUGCCCAUGGUCGAGCAGAUGUUAACAUGAGAGAAAUGCAUGAUCUUUUGAGAAGAGAAGAGGAAGAUCUAUGUGGGCAUCGCGGAUUAUUACCAAAUACAGAACAACAAACAUUUCAAAUGUUUUUGCCUGCUCUUGUUAGAGAACAAUAUGAACAUUUGCUUCUUCCAUUAAAUUCGUAUAGUCAAGCAGCCGAUAGGAUGCAAGGAGCUGGCGGCCGACUUUCCAGGGCCGAUAUCGAUAAAGUCGCUAAUAUUUAUCAUAUGGUGAAGAAAUUCCUCUCUGGAUUCAUAGAACAUGCAUUUAAAGAUUUGGAUUAUGUCAUCAAGGACAAAUUAUUUCUGGAAAGUCUCUUAGAUGUAGAAUUCAUUGAAAAUACAGACAGGGGAUGUUUUUACAAUGAUAAUGGUUACUCAUUUGAUAAUAUUUUAUUUCGUGGCCAAGAAGUUACUAUAGUUAUUUUUGAAGUUAUGCUCUUUACAAUUGUCGACAUGGUGGCCGAAGAUUAUGUAUAUUCUGCAAUCGUAACAUUUAUUAUAGCAAAGAUAAUUAAAUCUAUAAGACAAAGUGUUGGAAAAAGAAAUUUAGUAAAAAAAGCACUAAUAGAUGAGCGUUUCUUAGGCUAAAAAUCAUUUGAAAAUCACUAUUGGCCUUUAUUAUAUGUACAAAUAUUUUUUUAUCAUUAUCAUCACAUAUGUAUAUAAGUUCAGUUGCUGCAUUUAUCAUUAUUGAAUGUAUCUCUUUUGUAGCAGCAAAUUUUGUAAUAUUUAAUUAUUUAUGUAUUCACACUGUACAAUCUCAUUUGAUAAAUUAGUAAUUGUUUGACACACAAGUUGCUCAAAAACAUGAAUAUUUAUUGUAUAUAAUGUAAACAUAAUUUCAAUCAAAAAUUAGAAUAUUGACAACAAAUCCUUACAAAUAAGUUUUGUACCAUUGCUAAGUAAAAUAUUUGAAUGAUUAUCGGAUACUUAAACACAAAAAAAAAAAAAAAAA